AUUUGUUGUUUUGGCUGUUAUUUUCUAAUUUGUGUUAUUGAUACUUCUCCUUCUCCGCCGACACAUACAGUAAAACAUCAAGCAUUAUGAGCAAUCAUCAAACUGUGUUGAGACAAUUGGAGCCAUGGUGUGAGCUCAAAGAUAAAGUGGUUCUUGUGACAGGAGCUUCCUCUGGUAUAGGAAGAGAGAUCUGUCUUGAUCUAGGCAAAGCUGGUUGUAAGAUUAUCGCAGCAGCCCGUCGCGUUGAUAGACUCAACUCUCUCUGUUCUGAAUUCAACAGCUUCGGUACAACCGGGGUCCAUGCCGCAGCACUUGAGUUAGACGUAUCAUCGGACGGAGCCACCAUUAAGAGAGCGGUUCAAGAGGCUUGGGAAAUCUUUGGAAACAUCGAUGUGUUGAUUAACAAUGCUGGAAUCAGAGGCAAUGUCAAGUCUAGUUUGGAUUGGUCAGAAGAAGAAUGGGACAAAGUCUUUAGAACAAACUUAACCGGGUCUUGGCUAGUAUCCAAAUACGUGUGUGUUUUGAUGCGUGAUGCUAAACGCGGUGGCUCGGUGAUUAACAUCUCGUCGAUCUCUGGGCUUCACCGCGGUUUGUUGCCCGGUGGACUUGCCUAUGCUUGUUCGAAAGGCGGUGUUGACACCAUGACAAGGAUGAUGGCUAUUGAGUUAGGUGUUUAUAAGAUCAGAGUGAAUUCGAUCGCGCCAGGGCUUUUCAGGUCAGAGAUCACACAAGCUCUUAUGCAGAAAGAGUGGCUCAAGAAAGUUACCGAACGGACUGUACCGUUAAAGAUGCAACAGACUGUUGAUCCGGGGCUUACAUCUCUCGUGCGCUAUCUCAUUCACGAUUCUUCUCGAUAUGUCACCGGGAAUACAUACAUUGUCGAUUCAGGAACUACACUGCCUGGUGUGCCCAUUUUUUCUUCUCUCUAAAAAUCGUAAUCAAAAUCUUGUAUGCGCUUGUACAUUGUGAUAAGAACGAAGUCGUUUCCAAUAAAUGACAGUAUUGGCACUAACAUU